UCUUGAAGGACUCAAAUCCAAUUCAGACAGCUCUAAUUUUGGAUCCUGUAAAUCCAAGGUCUGUUUGAGAAGAUCAGCCCUUCCUUUAGUGUUUCUCAUUAGAGCCAAACAAGUGAAUUAGCAGUUUUAUGUACAAUAUGGAGAAGACUAUGGUUAGGAUUUUCUUCUCUGGUAUCCUCCUUGGAACUGUUGACAAUCAGAGUGUUGGUACUGAACCCCCUAAUCUUUUGUCUGGCUUUGGAGAAGAUACUGGAAAUAUCACAGAUCACUCAGUGCUGGAAGAUCCUGUUAAACAUCCUACAUAUUCAACUCCGUUUGAUAAAGUGCCUGAAACUAAAUCACCAUUUUUGGACCCAACAAAUAUGACUCUUCAUCCUUCACUGGAAACAUCAAUUCAUGACCCAACCUCCAAUGUUUCCCACUGUAAAGCUCAACACUCAAACACAAUGUUCCCUAAAGAUCUUUUUUCUAUUGAGGAUCGCAGGCAAGGAUGGGUGGUCCUACACGGUUUUGGGAUAAUCUACGUUUUUGUCGCACUUUUAAUUGUGUGCAAUCAUUUCUUCGUUCCUUCGCUGGGGAUCAUCAUGGAGAGGCUGGAUAUCUCAGAUGAUGUUCUGGGAGUCACCUUCAUGGCUGCAGGAAGAUUCAUUCCAUGGCUGUUUGUCAAGCUAAUCAAAAUCCCAUUUGAUGACUGCACCUUUCCUGUGGACAUUAACCCAAUUAUUGGUUCGGCAGCUUUCAGAAUGUUGUUUGUGAUUGGAAUAUGUGCUUUGUUUUCUGGGAGGGUUCUCCCUCUUUCCCGCUGGCCGCUUUUCAGAGACCUAUUAUUCUACAUGUUGGGUUUCAUCUUCGCGAUAAUUUUUUUCUUGGACGGUGCUGCCAUGUGGUGGGAAAAUGUGAUCCUGGUGACUUUUUCUAUUCUCUACAUCAUAUUUCUGAAAUAUAAUUCACAAGCUAAGCAAAUAAUGAAGACCAAACUCCAGAAAAACAAAAGGGUGAAGAAAGUUUCAUUUGUGAACAGAUGUGAAAAGAAUCCCACCCAGGUGUAUGUUCCCACAGGUGAAGAUGAUGCACAAGGCCUUGGAGACUGUAAUGAAGGCGGUAAUGUAAACACGGGUGGCUGCAAGGAGUUUGUUGAGAACAAAUUGCUAGAAGGCGCUAAGCCAUUGUCUUUGUGCUGGCCUGACACAUGGCAGAAACAAGCCGUCUACAUCUUCCUUUUGCCAAUCAUCCUCCCUCUGCGGCUCACUGUUCCCGAUGUCAGGAACCAGAAAAACAGAAAAUUCUUUGUGCUGACAUACCUAGUUUCUAUUGUGUGGAUCAGUGUCUUCUGCUACCUUGUCAAGUGGUGGGCUCACCAGAUGGAUGAGGCUUUUGGUGCCAUGGGUCCUAUGACAUAUCUGGUAGCAGCAAUGUCCAGCCCUGAUCUCAUAACUGGUGUAAUAGUGGCACGUAAAGGCCUUGGAGACAUGGUUGUGUCCAGUAAUGUGGGUAGCAACAUCUUCGACAUCAAUAUAAGUCUAGCUGUAGAGUUGCUCCUCUACACGUUCACCCACGGUUUAUCCCCUGUGGCUGUUGAGACCAGAGGCCUCGUCUGUGCCAGUAUCCUCCUCUUCCUCGUGCUCCUCUUCACUGUCAUCUCCAUUAUGUUAUGUAAGUGGAAGAUGAGGAAACUGCUUGGUCUCAUCUUAGUCUUUCUCUACGUUCUUUUUGUGGUCAUUAGCAUCAUGAUGGUGUUUGGGAUCAUUAAGUGCCCUGUGUAAAAAAAUACUUUGAAAUAUUUUUAUUUAUGCAUGUGUUUCGUUUCUAUAUAUAACUGACCUAUCAUCUACCAGGAUAUAAAAAGAAGGAAAUAUAAAGAUUUUUUUUUUUUUUUUGGAACAGCAGUUUGAGACUCAAGUCACUUCUCAACAACUUUGUAUACAUGCUGAGUACACUACAUAAACAUAUGCAUUCCUGUUUUCACUGUAAGUAACUUAGCUGUAAAUUACUAUAGUUUUAAAAGGUAUAGUGAAAGAUUUUUGAGACCCGCCCACUUGUGUAUACAAAAUGACAAAAUAAAUCAGUCUAAGUCUCUCCAAUUUUUAAAAAGAAUGCAUAUACACAACCCUGUACCCACACCCGAGAGGGAAGGCCUGUUAAACACGUACGAGAGCGUGCACAGGCCCAUUUCUUCUUGUGCACGCUCUGUUUAAAAAUUGCUGUUUGCAUCGCUCAUACAAGCUUACUUUCCAAAAGAAGAUGUGCAAUUUUUCCACUAUGUCAGACUCAACACCGGUAAGAGAAAAUGGGGAUGAGCAUAUAGGACGGCCUUACGUCAACAUUUUCCCAGAAUGAUUGACAAUUAGGAGGACCACUUAUUUUGAUGAUGAAAAAGAACAUCCUCCACUAUACCUUUCAUGACCCCUUUUGAGAAAACAGUAAUCCCCCACUAGGUGACAAUAUUCUAGUUGAAGGCAACUGUUAUCAGGUGUUUGCAGGAUCUGGGAUUGUGUCUUUUUUAUGGCUGUGGAGGAUAUCUUCUAGGUAGAGAUGCUUUUUGCCACAUUGGAAAGUAAGGGAGAAUGAUUUGGCCCAUUUAGGGUCAAGCCAAUGCAUGUAAGAUGGAUUAAGAUCGAAGCUUUGACCAGGCCCCUCCAAGACCUUCAGACUGUGUUCCAUGCCAUUCAUUCAGACUCAAUGAACUCAGGUGCAUUUGAGGUCAUAAGCUUUUUACCUGAGGUGUUCAUUCAAGA